GAGCCCGUUGCGUUGAAGUAUUGUAAAUAUAGGUUAUAAUUAAGCUCCACUAAAAAUUAAAUACGCCGAGCGUUUACUGUAAUUGAAUUAGAAAUAGGAUUUUGAAAUGGCAUCAGGUUUAGAACAAUACGUGAACCAAGUAGUUUCUAUAAUUACAUCAGAUGGAAGAAACUUUAUAGGAACUUUGAAAGGCUUUGAUCAAACUAUAAACAUAAUACUUGACGAAUCACACGAAAGGGUAUUUUCUACUACUUCUGGAAUAGAACAAGUUGUUCUAGGACUCCAUAUAAUAAGAGGAGAUAAUAUUGCUGUUAUUGGACAAAUAGAUGAAGCAACAGAUAGCAGAUUAGAUUUCGCCAAUAUUAGAGCAGAACCACUAAGUGCAGUCAUCCACUAGCAAGAAAUAUAUUUAAAUUGUCAUUAUAUAAUUUAUUUCUGAGAGAUACCAAUUUUUGUACAAAGUAGACUUAUUUAAUAUUUAAUAAAUAGUCA